CCCAUCAUUUCUUAUAUGUCGCUUGUCCAUAUAAUCACUCUUGUUCAAUAACAGGAUUUUCUCAAUAGUGAUCCAAAAAGCAAAUCUAGAAAACGCAAAACGAUCAAGAUUGGAGAGCGCAAAAGCAAAUAUUAGAAAAAUGAUUUCUCGGGUCACUUCUUCUGGUUUCCCGAAUGUGACGACACAAGGCUCAAAAAUGUAUACUGUGACCGAGGAUGUUGUGUCAUCUUCCAUGGAAGUUACUUCGGGGCCAGAUAAUCACUCAAGCUCUCUAGUUUACCAUCUUUCCUUGCUGAAAGAAAAGGUUCAUCAGGCUGAGUCUCUCGUCGGUAUUCUUAUCUCCCCGGAUCAUCAAAAUCAGCAGGAGUCGACAGCCAUGGCAGUGGCCAACAUGGGUUCUGUAGUUCAAGAAAUAAUCGCUGCGGCUUCUUCAUUACUGUUCACUUGCCAGCAGAUGAAUGUUGGGUCUCCUUCAGGUAACCAUAACACAGAUGAAUUGCACCAACAUCAUGAUGCUAAAGCUGCCGAUGCAGCCACAGCAGGAUUAUCGCAAGCUAACAAUUUUGAUGGCAAUAUUAAUAAUCUCUUUGGUAACAUCGGCCAAGAAAAAGGGCAGCAGGGUUUUUAUUCUAGUGUGAGUUUUGAUUGGUAUGGCGACAAUAUUUAUAACUAUGGUACGAAUGAUAAUAGUCAAGGCAUGAAUAAUCCGAGCAACAAUAAUAGAGUUGAAACCGAUCAAGGCGUUGAGAUUAGUGAGGGUCAUGAAGCAUCUCGGGGGCCUUCAUCUUAUGAUAUUAUCGAAUUGAAUGCGGCUGAUUUAUUAGCCAAGUAUACACAUUAUUGUCAAGUUUGUGGUAAGGGUUUCAAGAGAGAUGCGAAUUUAAGGAUGCAUAUGAGAGCUCAUGGGGAUGAAUACAAGACUAGCGCGGCCUUGACAAAUCCUUUGAAGAACAUGAAUGGAACAACAGGAGGAAACAAAGAGUCUACCAUGAAAAUCACUAGAAAAUAUUCUUGUCCACAAGAAGGGUGUAGGUGGAAUCAGAAACAUGCCAAAUUUCAACCAUUGAAAUCGAUGAUUUGUGCGAAGAAUCACUACAAGAGAAGCCAUUGCCCCAAGAUGUACGUUUGCAAGAGAUGUAACAGGAAGCAAUUCUCGGUGCUUUCUGAUCUUCGGACCCAUGAAAAGCACUGUGGGGAUCUCAAAUGGCAGUGCUCAUGCGGCACCACAUUCUCCAGGAAGGACAAGCUUAUGGGGCAUGUUGCUUUGUUUGUUGGGCAUACCCCAGUCAUCAAUGCUAAUUUGAAGAAGCCUGGAAAAGUACUUGACCAUCAAUUACCACAAAUCUGCAGCUAGAUGAUAGGGUUGAUCAAUAUAAUGCGGAGUACUUACUAGAAUGGCUUCUUUUUGUCCAUGACAAUGGGUUUCUUUCCCUUUUGGUGAGCUCAUCUAUGACUAGAUCUUAAAGGUAUAACAGUUUUUAGAAAUGUUAUGUAUAAUUAUAAUGAACAUCAAUUUGGGU